GGUCGACACUCUAUACGCACAUCUGUCUCCUCUCGAUGCUCCAAACUCCAGACGAGGCCCCAGGGAGCAGCGGGGCGGGAACAAGGGCGGUAGGACCCGCCCAUCCCAAUGACUGGCACCCACAGUGACCAAUCAGAACAAGAGAAGGCUAUGCCGGAAGGCUCCGGCUGGCCAAUCAGAGGCCUCCCCGCUGGGAAGCGCCGAGAGGGACCCGGGGGGCCGCAGUUGGAACAGGAGGCCAUGGAGCAGACCCAGCUGCUGGAGUGGGGGGAGGACGAGGACCCCCCCGGGGGAGAGGCCCCUGGGGAAGCCCCCCGGCCCGUGGGGCGGCUGCACCUGCUCAGCAGCAAAUACGGGCCAGAGCAAGAUUUCUGGAUCUACCCCGGGGAGAAUGUGGUGGGGCGGCUGCCGAGCUGCCAGGUCUGCCUGCCGGCCCCCUCUGUCUCCAAGGCCCAUGCGGUGAUCGAGGUCCCGGUGCCGGAUGGACCCCACCUGCUCUAUGACCGGGGCAGCCUGAACCGGACCCGGCGCCAGCGUGCCGUGCUGCUGCCCCAUGUCCGCUACAGCCUGGAGGAUGGCGACACCCUCAUGUUCGGGGACGUGGGAUGCCAGUACUUCCUGCUGCCCCGGGCGGGCGCCGACCCUGAAGACUCUCUGGAGGUGCCGCCCACCCAGCCCCGGGUCCCCAACACCCUGGCCAUCGAGGAGACCCCUGCGCCCAGCAAGAGGAUGGGCUACGGGGCCCUGCUGGCCAGGGACUCUGAGGAUGAGGAGGAGUCGCAGGGCGGAGGAAGGCUCCUGCAACUACCGGGGAGCAAUGGCUCCAACUCCUCCUCUGACACCGGAGUCCGUUCCGACGCAGCGUUCUCCUCGCCGUGCGCAACUGUGGUGCCGGAAAGCGAUGAGGAAGGUGGCGAGACCCCUGACGCCCCCUGCCCCUCCCUGCGCCUGAGCUACGGUGGCGAGAGGCCCCCCGGCCCGCCGGAGAACGGAGUCGCUGCCCUGGGUGCCGAGCAGCCCAGGGCCAUGGGGGUUGUUGGGACGGCCCGAGAGCCUGCGCUGGCCGCCUGCCGCUUGGUCAAGGGGCCUGGCCACACGGGCAUCGCCACGGGCAUGGGCCAGGGACCAGCUGUCGGGGGCCUGGGGAACGGUUGCCCCGCUGAGGUGGGCAGCGUUACAGAUGUGGAGGAGGUACGGCAUCCAGAUGUUGUGCGGAAGAGCCAUGGACCUGCUGUCCUGGGGGACAGCGAUACAGAUGUGGAGGAGGCUGUGGAGAAUCUAGAUGUUGUGGAUCCAAAGAGCCACCCGCCUGCCAUUGAGCUGGGUAGCGAUACAGAUGUGGAGGAGGCAGAGAAUGCAGAUGUGCAUCCAAAGGGCCAUCAGCUUGCCAGAAAUGGGGACAGCGAUACAGAUGUGGAGGGGGCUGGUGUGAAUCCAGAUGUUGUAGGUCCAAAGAGCCAUCAGCCCAGAGUUGAGGUGGACAGCGAUACAGAUGUGGAGGCGGCAGCGGCAAAGAAUCCAGAUGUGCAGCAGAACAAUCGACAUACUCUCCCUGGGGGCAGAGAGACAGAUGUGGAGGGGGAAGUGGAGAAUCUAAAUGAUACGCAUCCCGAGAGCCAUCACUCUGCCAAAGAUGGGGAGAGCGAUACAGAUGUGGAGGAGGUUGCAGAGAAUCCAGAUGUACAGAAGAGCCAUCAGCCCGCUGUUGAGGUGGGCAGUGAUACAGAUGUGGAGGAGGAGAAGGCAGAGACUCCAGUGGUUGUACCGAACAACCAUCAACUUGUUUCCCCAGGGGGCGGUGAUGCAGAUGUGGCACGGGCGGUGGGAAAACCAGAUGUGCAUCCUAAGGGCCAUCGGCCUGCAGGAAAUGAGGACAGCGAUACAGAUGUGGAGGAGUUUGUGGGAAAUCCAGACGUCACCGCAAAGAGCCAUCUACCCGCUAUUGAUGUGGGCAGUGAUACAGAUGUGGAGGAAGAGGAGACAAAGAAUCCAGAUGUUGCAACGAAGAACCAUCAACUUGCUCUCCCUGGAGACAGAGAUACAGAUGUGACGGGGACAGUGGGGAAACCAGAUGUGCAUCCUAAGGGCCAUCGGCCUGCAGGAAAUGAGGACAGUGAUACAGAUGUGGAGGAGUUUGUGGGAAAUCCAGAUGUCACUGCAAAGAGCCAUCUACCCGCUAUUGAUGUGGGCAGUGAUACAGAUGUGGAGGAGUCUGUGGGGAAUCCAGAUGUACAGAGGAGCCAUCAGCCCCCUGUGGAGGGAGGCAACAAUACAGAUGUGGAGGAGGCUGAGGGGAAACCAGAUGUUGGAAGGCAAAAGGACCCCCUGCCUGUUGCCACUGGAGACAGCGAUACAGAUGUGGAGGAGAAUCCUGAUGUUGGCCAACAGACGCUCCACCUGCCUACAGCCAGUGGAGACAGCGACACAGAUGUGGAGGGGGCUCCCGGGGCAGAGUUCGACCAGGCACCAGGUCUGGUGGGGGGCCCAGCUCAGGCAGGUGGGGAGGAGCUACCGGCCCCCCAGUCCCAUGUCAGCCCAGAGGCCAAGGUGAUGGACACCGAGGGGAACAAAGAGCCAGCGUGGGGCCCAGCCCAGCCCGGAGACGACAGCGAGACGGAUGUGGAGGAUGACGCUGAUUUUGCCCUGCAGGCCACGCAGUGCUACCUGGCUGAGGAGACCCCGUCCUCGGGGGCCGAGGCCGCCAGAGCCCCCGCGGCAGCAGAUUCUGGGAGCAGCCUAGAGGAGGAAGCCACCCAGACGUUUGUCUUCAGAUCGCCCCCGCCUGCAAAAGGGUCCGUGAUGUCGCCCCCUGCUGGCCCAGCGCUGCACGCUCCAGUCUGCGCCUCUUCAGAGAAGGAGGAGGACUCGGACGAGGAUCUGUAUGUUGUGGGGGCGACUCAGUCGUUCUGCGAGGACCCCGGGCUCCACUCGGACCAGCCCACCCAGCCCUUCACCCCCGAGGAGGACACCCAGCUGCUGCUCCGCCAUCCACCACCAGGGGGAGCCCUGUCGCAGGAGCCGGCGCAGCCCGCAGUACCCAGCCCGGCCUCUGGGGGGCUGCUGCCCCUCGGCACCCAGGCCCCCGCUGCCGCUCGCCUCGGCCCCAGGGAGGAGUCAGAGCCCCCUGUCCGGGCACUGCCAGCAGGGGGCGCUGGGGGGGAGCUGCCGGAAGAGGAGGAAUCCCAGCCCGUGCGCCUCGUGCUGAGCGCCCCCCGCAGACCAGCCCUGGCACUGCAGGGUGAGGGCGGACGGGCAGGAGCGGAGCCCGGGGGCAGCCGCUCCGGGCAGCGCCUGAGACGGCAGGGUGGCCCGGAGGCUGCGGAGAGAUGGGAGACCCCAGCGGCUGUCGGGGUCACGGGGGCUGGGGCCCACCCCCCGGGGGCACGGCCUGAAGAUGCUGGGAAGGUCCCAGAGGUUCAUCCCAGUCCCUCCACACCCGUGAGGCACCGGAGCCUGCGAUCCGCUCCGGUUCCCGCUCCCCCACCACCAGCCCCUGCUCCAGAGAGGCGGAGCCGGCGGGGUGGGGCAGAGAAGCCAGUGGGGUCUGGAGACCCCAGCCAGCCCACCCCGGCCGCCCCCCAGCGUAGGGGGCGGCGUCAGCUCUGCAGCCAGACCGUGUACAUGGAGGCGCCGGAGCCGGGGAGCGUCGAGGAGGUGGACCAGCCCGGCCCUGUGAAGAGGCCCAGGAGGGCUGUGCGGACCCAGGACCCCUCCACGGAGCCAGAGGCCUCGAGCCAGGGGGCUCCAGGCCGGGCCCGGAGAUCUCGGGGGGCUGCAGUCACGGAACCAGCCCCAGCCAACAAGCCCAGGAGGGGUUCAGGGGGACCAGAGCCGGAGGCGUCGCAGGGCCGAGCCCGGCGGUCCCAGAGAGCCCCCGCCCAGGAGCCGGCCCCCAGGAGGAGGGGUGCUGCAGAGCCAGCCAAGGAGGCCCGAGGCAAGCGGAGAGGGGUGGCCACCCCGGAUCCGCCUCAGGCACGGGGCGAGGGACAAGUGGGCAGUGCCACGGCCCAAGAGGAUGCUGGGAGCGAUGCCAGAAAGAGGCAGGAGGCGCCGGUCCCCACAUUGCGCCGUCAGAGCACAGAGAACAAGGUGGAGGGGCUGCGAGCCAGGGCCCCUCGCCGAUCCCAGGGGGCAGCCGGUGGCACGACCUCCCCCAGGGUGCUGUUCACGGGGGUGAUUGACGAGGCGGGCGAGCGGGUGGUCUCGGCGCUGGGCGGGGCGCUGGCCCAGUCGGUCUUCGACUGCACCCACCUGGUGACGGACCGGGUGCGCCGCACCGUCAAGUUCCUGUGCGCCCUGGCCCGCGGGGUGCCCAUCGUCACGCUGGACUGGCUGGACAAGAGCGGGCGCAGCGCCUGCUUCCUGUCGCCCAGCGGCUUCCUGGUGCGGGACCCCGAGCAAGAGCGAAACUUCCACUUCAGCCUGGCCCAGUCGCUGCAGCGAGCGCGCAGGGGGGCCCUGCUGCAGGGCUACGAGAUUCACGUCACCCCCAAUGUCAAGCCGGAGCCCGAGCACAUGAAGGACAUCAUCCAGUGCAGUGGGGGGGUCUUUCUGCCCCAUAUGCCCCGGGCGUACAAGGACAAGCGCGUCGUCAUCUCCUGCCCCGAAGACCUUCCCCGCUGCCGACCCGCCCUGAGCGCCCGGCUGCCCGUCGCCAGCACCGAGUUCCUCCUGACGGGCAUCCUCCAGCAGGCUGUUGACCUGGCCUCCUACCGCCUGGACGGCACGCCUGCCCCGCCCAGCGCCGCUACCCCUGCCACCCGGGGGAGCAAGAGGAAGGGGGCAGCGGGUCCUGCCCCCGCCCCGCCCAGGUCUGCCAAGAGGCGGCGCUGAGGGGUCCCUGGUCCCUGACCUUGGACCCAUGAGCCUUAACCCUGUAAAUACCCCGCUUUUCUAGCUCAAUAAAGUCAUUUUGAAAUAA